AUGGCAUCCUCUACCGAGCAAUGGCUAUGCGACGAUGUCUUCUGGCACACCGCGAAGCAUUUCCUCCUCGACCCUCUGGACGUCUUGAAUCUGUCCAAGACGUGCCGAAGAAUGCAUCAAGUGCUCGCUACUAAGAUCCUCAUUACCGAUAUCUACUUCACCAAAGAGCGAGAGAUCUGGAACCGAGAUCGCAUUGCCGGUUUCGGGUUCGAUGUUGAAGAUGACACGCACACCUGGGGCAUCGAGGAUCCCACUGAACUCGAGGAGAACCGUCUCGCGGCCCGAGACGCUCUACCGGCCCCUCAACCGUUACUGCAUUGGGCUAUCGAGACUGCAGCUGCCGACACGGGAAGAGAAGCCACAGCACUGAAAUGCAUCGACCUCGCGGUGAGACAUUGGCCGGAUCACCUCCAGGCCAAAGAUCACAAUUGGGCAACACCAAUCCAACUCGCAGUGUCUCGUGGCUGUCUUCGGAUCGUGCAAAAACUGGUCGAAUCAGGUUCCGUACUGGGGUCCUUCCUCUUUGUUGGCGAUUUGGACAUGGUCGAAUGGGUUCGAUCAAAACUUCCCGAACGCUUUCCUAAAUGUUACGGAGAAGGCUGGCAGGGCUAUUACCUGAACCCUGUGGACUGCACUGCACUGACAUCGGCUAUAUUCACUGGCCAAAUUGAGGUGGCUGUCUGGCUGGUGCAAGAUUCAACCGCACCUUUCAACCAAGAAUGGGACAAUGCUCCAGAACUCUAUACCGCUGCUCAUAUGGGAGCGGCUGCUGUUGUCUCCGCUCUUCUGGAAUGA